CGCAAUCGCAAAGCAACGCAGCGGGCAAGGUCUCGAUGUCUGUCUGUCGCAAGAUUUAUCUUAGUUUGCUUUGACUGUCGGUCUGGUUUACCCGCGUCGCCCAUCUUCAUAUUGUUUACCAUAUUUCGGAGAUUUAAUAAUAAUGUCAACCCCGGUGCUCUGUCAGCCGACUGGGGAAAUGUGGCAACGGGUCAAAAGGGAACUGAACGAGAACAUAGAGACCAGGGACCGGGACGUUGCCUACUUACAAGAUUGGCUGAGGAAACAACCGCACCUGCCUGAUCGGUGGGACGACAAACGCCUGAUGAAUUUCCUCCGAGCCAACAAGUUCUCCCUGGAGAAGGCGAAACGCAAACUGGACAUGUACUUCACGGUGAGGUCCGCAUGUCCGGAGUUUUUCACCAACCGGGACGUCACUCGUCCUGAGUUCAAAGAACUACUAACCAAAGCUCAAGGUCCACCUCUACCCAAGAUUACUCCAAAAGGCUACAGAGUCACUAUAGCCAGAGCGCUGGACGACAAUAUAGACGCUUCCCAUUUGACGAAUGCGUUCAAGCUCAUUUUUAUGAUCGGUGACGUCCGAAUGGGCCUAGAAGAGGAGGGGGUGGUGGGGGACGUGUACAUACUCGAUGCCGCCCGCGCUAUAUCGCCGAGUAACUUGGCUAGGGUUUCACCAUCUCUUCUGAAAAAAUUCUUAAUCUGUGUACAGGAGGCAUACGCGGUGAGAGUUAAAGAAGUCCACGUGGUGAAUGCUUCUCCACUAGUGGACACGAUCGUGACGAUGGUGAAGCCGUUCCUGAAACAAAAGCUGAGGGAAAGAAUUUUCAUCCACACAGACAUGAAAACUUUAUUCGAAUAUGUUCCAAAAGAUGUAUUGCCCCCGGAAUAUGGCGGUACCAGCGAAUCUCUCGAGGAAUUAACAAAGAUCUGGAUCAAGAAGCUAGAAGAUUUUAGAGACUGGUUCAUUGAACAGGAGUCUUUAAAAGCCAACGAAGCACUCAGACCAGGCAAGCCGACAAACUACGACGAACUCUUCGGCAUCGACGGCUCAUUUAGACAACUUUCCAUUGAUUGAGAGCCUUCACAAACCAUGGUGGAGCGGAGGUGCGCGGUUGUAAUAAAACAAAAAUCGACGAGAAACUAAUUCGGAAAAAACACAAAUGUUUAAUUUCUUAAGAGUCGUUGCGAUGGGUAAUAGAAUUUCUAUAACGGUAUUGUUCAACAACAUUAUAUGACUGAUGUUUUAUCAUAUUUUUCAGUGUUUUAUGAUAAGUUAAAUUAUAUUGGAUUUUUGGAAAUUAUCAAGGUAAAGACUUUGUCGUUCAUAAGGUGACGGGAUUGAUAAUUUUAUAGAAUGUGCCUAUGUUUAUUGGCAAAUUUUACAAGGAAUUUAACUAUAUAAUAGUGUAUUUCUUUUCAAUGUAAUUAAUUGUUUCAAAUUCUGCCAGAAACUUGCAAUUUAGGAACUCAAAAGGUGAAGUUGCAAUAUUUAUUUCUUUAGUCUUCUUAUAUUGUUAUAAUUUACGCGUAUACUAAAUUAAUGCAAUAUAUUAUUUAAUAUUUUAUAUAAAAUUAAUCCAAAAUAGAAUUUAUUCUUAGAAAAAAUAUCGGGAAUUACUCUUAAAUUCAUUUCUUAUACAGACGAGAAAAACUAAAAAUAUGCACUUAACGCUUAUUCGUGAAUAGUUUUACUAUUCACCUAUUAUUAGUGCGUAGAAUAGGUAAACUGACACAGGUGUUAAUGUCACUUUAUUAAACAAUCAGCCAAUUGUUCCGCGAUCAACAAUCUUAUCUUACGAUGGAGACUAGUAAAGAGAGAGCAGGAAAGUGAAUCGUGUGCUCCGACAACGAUUAUAUUGAGGAAGAAACCAAGAAAUUGCUCAAAUGCGAGAGAGAUUCUAACAAAAGGGUGAAGUGCUAUAGUCAAUUUUGACGUUAACUUUAACUUGCGGAGAAAAAACGUCAUCUUCUCUAAGCGAUGGCGGUGCAAAAGUUGAAGAUGAUCAAAGUUGACUGGUGCAACCCACUGGUUCAAAAGUACCUCGUUUGUUAUACCAUAGACAUUGGUUUUAAGUUGUUUUAUCACGAAUAAAAAAUGACAGUCGCUGAUAAUUUUUUUCUCGCUAUAGAUAUAUCAUUUCCGAUUUAAGAUAAUCAAAUUUUCAUAUCGAAAUUAUCUUUAAAAAGUGUACAAAAAAUAAAAUGAAACCGCGCACUUAUUUUUCGAACAAAUUGAUUUUAAUUUUAGUUCUAGAAAAAUUAUGAUAGUUUAAAGGGAAAUGUAGGAAGACAUGGUUCUUGCACACAAGUGUGAUAAAUUAUAGCCACGUAAGUUUUUUUAUAUACAUAAUUUUUGUAAAAAAAUUAUAAUAAAGUAUUCUUAAACAAUA